AUGAGGUAUAUCGAGGUUGGUGUGGCAAAGGAGAUCACAGAUCGGAUGGCCCAUGGCUACGGCACAUGCUAUAUACAGCGUCAGCUCCGCGCGACAAUGACACGAUGUGGAUUGCAAAUACCUACCCUGAAAUCAUCAACGCCGUACCUGACACAGGGUAUUCUCGAAGGCUUCUGGCUCUGGCUAUUGGAACAAUCCGCCGGGAGCCAGCUGGGCGGGCCUCUAUGA